CCGUGAUCAAGUCAUAUCUCCAAUUUCUAAACACGAAUUGAUGCCGUAUGUGGGUAUUUGAUUAACUUACGACACUAACAAAAGUUAAAAUCAAACAAGUACUAAUAAAAAAGUCCACCCUUUCCUUAUCUUUUUACACAAAUGAUUUUCAUUAGGCCAAUGUUAGAUUAGAUUGAGGUGGAGAUGGAGAAAGUGUGUGUUGCGAUCGGAACGGAUGCGUUGGACGGCUUCUCGACGCUGCAGUGGGCGCUGUGCCGAUGGGCCAAUCAUCGGAUCCGAAUACUCAUCCUUCAUGCACCAAACGCCUCUUACAAAAACUACGUCUGCACGCCAUGUAUGAUAUACUUUACUCAUUCUUCAUCUCUUCCUUAACCAUAAUCCCCGUUCCCCUUCGCAGUUGGGAAGCUCCGGAGCACCUCAGUCAGCGAGGACAAGUUGAAGCUUCUCGACAAAACCGAGGAAGCCAAGACGGAUGCAAUCCUUGCUCAAUACAUAGCCUUCUGCGGCAAGAAGUGAUGAAAAUGGAGAUACAUGAUGAGAAGCCUUUGCACAAGCAAAUAGUGGAAGCCAUUUCAAGCCUUGGGAUAUCCAAACUAGUCCUCUCAUUGGCCUUCAUCAAGGCUUCCUCACCGAAGUCGAGGGGGGCAAUAAGUGGGACGUUCUAUGUCCUUCACAAUAAGCCUAGAUCGUGCGAGGUGUUUGUGAUAUGCCAAGGCCAGAGAGUCGUUUUGAGAGAUGAGGAAGAUGACAAGGGUGUUACGAGGAGGUUUACAGACACGUCUGCCCCGGCCCGGUGGGAAAACUGCAGGGAUGAAAUGCAGCAGUAUGCACAUGAAUUGGUGUUUCUGCAUCAAGUUGAAGGAGAGAUGGAUGUAGGUUGUUUAACACAACUAAGCAUACCACAAAAUAUGGACGCUGCAGCGAGAAUCGAGCUUCUCGAACGCACAAUGCGGGAUGCACAAGGCACGAUCCAGCUGAACAGAAAGAUAGCAAAUAAUGCGAAAGUGAGGCGCGAGAAAGCGAAAAGGGCGAUUAUCGUAUGCAAUGCACAGGCUGAGGAGCUUCAGACCUGCAUCCAGGCAGAAAUCGUAAACAAGGUUGAGUUCAACAAAACACUCGGCAGCACGAGGGAGGAAAUACUGGAACUUGAGAGCGAACUGCACGAGAAAAGAAGCAAGCUCAGCUCGAAUGUUGAGCUUCAGAAGGAACUCUCCCUGAAGCAUCAUCAGUCAUCAUCUGCUAGAGCAGGUGCUGACCUUCAGCUAGAGAAUGCAGUCGAAAUAAGAGCUCAAAUGGUUACAGAAAUCGAGGAGCUCAGAAAGCAGAAGAAUGUCUUACAGCGCAGGAUUGAGUUCUGCAUAGAAAAGGAUGCAAUAGCAAAAGUAUCAAGAUCGAAUGGCCCUGGAUUCGGGUUCAGAGAGUUUUCUGCUGAAGAAAUAAUAGCUGCCACUGAAGACUUCUCUGUAUGUCGUGGGAAGAAUGUGUAUAGGGGACGAAUCAAUCAAUUAGCGGUCGCUGUUAAAUUGCAUGAUCCAGCAGACGAGCGGUCCCUGGAAGAUUUCACAAACAAGGUGAAACUUCAUAGUCAAGUACAGCACCCAAAUAUAGUAGCUAUGAUCGGCUUCUGCUCUCAGCGGAGCUGCAUUGUUUAUGAGUACAUGCACAAUGGUACCUUACAUGAUGCAUUGUUUUCAACUGGAAGAAGCUGGAAACGAAAGCACCACCAGACUCUAGCCUGGCAUGCUCGGGUACGUAUUGCAGCCGAAAUCUGCUCGGCUAUAGGUUUCCUUCACAAGGUCAAGCCUAAUCCAAUUGCCCAUGGUAACUUGAAACCCUCCAAGAUUCUCCUGGAUAGGUUUGAUGUUGCAAAAAUAUACGGCCUAAAGUAUCCUUGGUCGUACAACAAAGCUGAUAUCACAUUAGACAUCCGGGCUUUUGGGAAUUUGGUGUUGCAACUUCUGACAGGUAAUUACCGGAGUGUCAUAGGGGAACCGGCUGCAGCCUUUGAAAAUUUGGAUCGUACAGCUGGAGAAUGGCCGAUGGAUUUGGCUAUUGAACUUUCCAGCAUCGCAACGAGGUGUUUGUCUAUGAACUGCAUAGCUGAAGAAUUCAUCACAACAAUGUUGGUAACAGAUAUGAAUGAUGUAAAGAGAAGAGCUGACCAGCUAGUCGGCAACGGUGAGUCAUUUGUGCCUUGUGAAAAGGCUGCUGGAGCAGAGGACUCGUGCGAUGUCUCUGAAGCCUUCUUUUGUCCGAUCUAUCGGGAAGUGAUGCAGAAUCCACAUCUUGCUGCAGAUGGAUUUUCCUAUGAAUUGGAAGCCAUUGAGGAGUGGCUGAAAACAGGACAUGAUACAUUACCGAUGACUAACUUAAAGCUGAAGCACAAGCUCCUAGUUCCAAAUCACACUCUGCGGUCUCUCAUUGAGGACUGGAGAAACAAAAGAUAUAUGCCUUGAUGGGAGCUAGGCAAAAACCCCUACAUGUAUAUUAGACAAACAACGAAGGAACACGCAAAACGGAGAGAACAGAGUUAGGCAUGAUAUAUCUUUUUCUUCUUUUCUGGAUCCCACAACAAGCAUUAUAUUUGAAGCAUGACAUUCAUCACUUGAACUUAUAUAGUAGAAGUUAGAAGCUAGAUCUCUUAUAAUUUUAAAUAGGAACCACAAACACUUCAACAGAAUGAAGUAAUCCAUUUUUGUGUAA